UCCUGGAACACCUCUCUGCUGCCUGGAGCCCUGCCCCAUUCUGCUCUCUCCUGGACCCAUAGAAGUCCCAGACAUGAACCAGCCCAGACCUCGAUACGUGAUAGACCGAGCUGCAUAUUCCCUCACCCUUUUUGAUGAGGAAUUUGAGAAGAAGGACCGGACUUACCCAGUGGGCAAAAAGCUUCGUGAUACUUUCAGAUGUUCCUCUGCCAAGAUCAAAACUGUGAUAUUUGGGCUUUUCCCUGUCCUCUCAUGGCUCCCCAAAUACAAGAUCAAGGACUACAUCGUGCCUGAUCUGCUUGGAGGAUUGAGUGGGGGAUCCAUCCAGGUCCCACAAGGCAUGGCUUUUGCACUGUUGGCCAACCUUCCUGCAGUCAAUGGCCUCUACUCAUCCUUCUUCCCUCUCCUGACCUAUUUCUUCUUGGGUGGCGUGCAUCAGAUGGUACCAGGUACCUUUGCUGUUAUCAGUGUCCUGGUGGGUAACAUCUGUCUGCAACUGGCUCCAGAGUCAAAAUUCCAGGUCUUUAACAAUGUCACCAACACAAGUCACGUGGAUAUAGCAGCCAUGGAGGCAGAGAGACUCCAUAUAUCAGCAACACUGGCUUGCUUAACAUCUAUCAUUCAGAUGGGCUUAGGAUUUGUACAAUUUGGCUUUGUAGCCAUCUACCUGUCUGAGUCCUUCAUCAGAGGCUUCAUGACUGCUGCUGGGCUGCAGAUCCUGAUCUCUGUGCUCAAGUACAUUUUCGGGCUGACCAUCCCCUCCUACACCGGCCCAGGAGCCAUUGUUUUGACCUUCAUCGACAUCUGCAAAAACCUGCCCCAUACAAAUAUUGCCUCGCUUGUCUUUGCCCUGAUCAGUGCUGUCUUUCUGGUGCUGGUGAAAGAGCUCAAUGUCCGCUACAUGCACAAGAUCCGAGUCCCCAUCCCCACAGAGUUGAUUGUGGUGGUGGUGGCAACGGCUAUCUCUGGGGGUUGUAAGAUGCCCAAGAAAUACCAUAUGCAGAUUGUGGGAGAGAUCCAACAAGGAUUCCCCACCCCAGUGUCCCCCAUGGUCUCCCAGUGGAAGGACAUGAUUGGCACAGCCUUCUCGCUGGCCAUUGUGGGUUAUGUCAUCAACCUGGCCAUUGGCAGGACCCUGGGAACCAAACAUGGCUAUGAUGUGGAUUCUAACCAGGAAAUGAUUGCUCUUGGCUGUAGCAACUUUUUUGGCUCCUUCUUUAAAAUUCAUGUUAUUUGCUGUGCUCUCUCAGUUACCCUCGCUGUGGAUGGAGCAGGGGGCAAAUCCCAGGUGUCAAGUCUGUGUGUAUCACUGGUGGUGAUGAUCACCAUGUUGGUGUUGGGGGUCUAUCUGUACCCCUUACCCAAGUCUGUCCUAGGGGCUCUAAUUGCUGUCAACCUCAAGAACUCUCUUAAGCAGCUCACUGACCCCUAUUAUUUGUGGAAGAAAAGCAAAUUGGAUUGUUGUGUCUGGGUGGUGAGUUUCCUCUCAUCAUUUUUCCUCGGAUUACCCUAUGGUGUAGCAGUGGGUGUCUCCUUCUCCAUCUUAGUGGUUGUCUUCCAGACCCAAUUUCGUAAUGGAUCUGCCCUGGCCCAAGUCAUGGACACAGAUAUCUAUGUGAACCCUAAGACCUACAAUAGGGUCCAGGAAGUAGAAGGAAUUAAAAUCCUGACUUACUGCUCUCCACUCUACUUUGCCAAUUCAGAAAUCUUCAGACAGAAGGUCAUUUCCAAGAUAGGUGUGGAUCCCCAGAAAGUAUUCCUGGCCAAGCAGAAAUACCUAAAAAAACAGGAGAAGGAACUCAAGAUGCCCACAAAACAGAGGAAAUCCCUAUUCUUGAAAAAAAAGACUGUCUCCCUGCAGGAACUCCAGGAAGACUUUGAAGGUGUUUCUCCCACUGAUACCAACAACAAUCAGACAGCUGCCAACGGAACUGGGAUCUCCUAUAUCACCUUCAGUCUAGAGACCCCAACACCUCCCAAAGAUGAGCCACCAGCUCCCUUUACACUAUCAAGUGAACCUGAGAAUCCCCUAGCCAGUGCCCCACCCUUCAUCUCCUUCCACACUAUCAUCCUGGACAUGAGUGGAGUCAGCUUCGUUGAUCUUAUGGGCAUUAAAGCAUUGGCAAAGCUCUCCUCCACCUUUGGAAAGAUUGGUGUGAAGGUCUUCUUGGUGAAUAUUCAAGCCCAAGUGUACAAUGACAUUAAUAAUGGAGGUGUUUUUGAAGACGGGACCUUAGAACGAAGUCACAUCUUUCCCAGCAUCCAUGACGCUGUCCUUUUUGCCCAAGCCAACAGCAGAUCAGUGGUCACAGGACAAGACUUAGGAAUGGCUCCAGUGAACACUGACCUUUCUCUGUACGAUUCAGACGAUGGUGGAUCUAGCUACCGUGAUCUGGAACAGGAGAUAUUUGGGAGCAUGUUCCAUUCUGAGACACUAACAGCUCUGUGAGACUUCAGCAGGAACUUCUCGCCAUCUCCAGCAUUUCCCAUUGCCCAGGACCUUCCAUGAAGAAGUGUUUGACUCUCUCAGCCUAGGAUUAUGUCAGAUGGACCUCCAGAGUCAUGGCUGGGUACAGGAAAGUACGCGCACCAGGCUUCCCGUUUUCACCUUCUCCAUCCUUUUCCUUUUUCCUUCUGCUUGGAUUGUUCAGAAGGAUGCAACCACUGCAGCACAAAGUUCUCAGGACUGGCAAGAGCAAAGACUUGGAGAGUCUGACUGACACUAAAAAGACAUUCACUCCCCUAGGCAGUUGGAAAGGUCCCUUAACUUCCUAGGAUAAUCCAAGGUGGAAGGAAAAAUGCAGAAUUCUGACUUUUCCAGAGACUGGAAGCCAACCCUACACUGCCACACUUGGAUGCCAGUAGGUUCCAGGCUGCCCAAGGACACUUGGGGCUGAGGCCAUGGAAGGGAAGAAUUUUCUAUUCUGUUUGACUAAUUCUUUGUGGCUCACCCUCCUUCUAGGACCAACAUCCCUGAGUCUCUUGACUGGCCAUUUCUGUGCCUCCUCUGGGACCACUUUUACUGUCUCUCUUGAAUUCAGCAGUCUAUUUCAGGGACGACAGUCAUUCCCUCCAUUUCCUCCUUUGCCCUCCAGUAUAUCACUGCCUGCCCAUGGGGAGUGAUCAGAGGCCAAAAAUAGUUUCUCUUCCACCCUGGACAUGCCCCUUGUUACCAGACCUCUAGAGACCAAAGUGCCCUUGUUGAGUCCCAUCCUGGAUGCUGGGUGCCAAGAAUGUGGGGUACUGAGAAGCAACAACUCCACAAACAAUAUACACAAAGAACAGAGAUCUGAAUCUGUGCACGAGCCUGGGGGAGGCUGGUACCAACAUAACACUACCUGGUAUCAGGCUGAAUUCCAGCAUUGCCACCUGAUGGUCCUUCAGAUCUCCUGGGCAAGGUGCUUUGUCUGCCUAAACUAGCUGCAGUCUCUCUGCACAACAGGGAGGAUGUAUCAUUUUAUCCCUUUUCAUGUUUUCCGCAAUGAUCACCCCCACCCCAGCCACAGCCUGCUCCCCUGUAGGGGCCUGGAGCCAAGAGAUCACAUUCAUCCCUCCUUGGCGGGGAGAAUGCCCUUCAAGAACAGGGCACCCUGGCUAUGUGGCUCAGAUAACGUACUUACCUCAUAGCUACUUGGGCAAUCCCCCAGGAUUAUAAAUUGGAAAGCAGCAACUGAUCUUCAUGGCUUAAAAGAAUUUCCCACAGCAGUCCCUAUCCCUUCCCUUCCCUCCAUCAUCCCCAAUUCUGAAAUAUAAAUAUAUAAGCACUAUCCCUACCCUGUGGGAGUAGACUAGGGAUAGGGCUGAGUGUGUGUGAGCCUGCACCUGGGAAAGCUGAGUGUGGUGGAUCACCGAACUCGGAAGUUCUAAGCUAUAGCCAGCCAAGCUGAUGGAUGUCAACACUGUCAUGCACCAACCUGGCAAGCUCAUGGGAGCAAGAAGUUAAGGAUGGGCAGAUUGACUCAGGUUAGAAACAUAGCACACCCAAACUCCUCUGCAGAUCAAUGAUCAGGCCUGGGUGUGGUCACUUUGUUUCUAGCCUGGGUAGGAUAGAUAUAUCUAGAUACUAAAAAAAGCAAACAAACCAAAAAAUGGAGUAGGGAAGGAGACGUGACCACACUAGAACAUCUGGGGCCAUUGUCACAUUUGGGGACAAUACCCUUUUUCAGCCAGAAGACCCCUGUUUCUCACGGUGCCCCAUUAACAUAGCAUUCCUAGCAGAGAAUAUUGGCAACAAGAGGGCCUAUAUAUCACAGGCUCACAAAUGAAUAGGCUAUCUUUGCUACCAUGUACUUUUAUUAAGUUUCCAUUGAUGCCAUCCAAUCAACACCAUGCAGAAGUUCCCACGCCUCUUGCUCUUGCCCCUCACUACUCCACCCCAUCUCCAAAAUCUCUCCAUAGCCGUUUUGCUUCAGUGAAUCCCACUCCAAAAGGUUGGGCUGGCCCAGCCUGAAAAAUCCCCCAAUGGGACUUGAGUGAAGCCUUCCCUCCCCACCAAUCUCAACCACAUAUGUUUCUGCCAUUGAUUCACUGAAGCGGAAGCUGUUCUGUGUGUCUGUCUGUAUGUUGUGAGCCAAUAAGCUAGAAAAUUUACUGUUAAAGGAGGGAAUGCUAGAAUAGACCCAGAGCACCACUGGGGCAGAGGGUAGGAAUCAGCUACACCAUUGUGCUGUCCAAGAAGUUUAAACUCAGAGAGCAAAGGACUGAAGAUUCACCAUAUCUCUUACACUCUUGCCAAAUUCUCUGAAAAUUCAUCAUACCUCACUUACUUGCCAGAUAUUCUGGACAGCACCUACUCAUUCCAUCUUCUUGAAAGUAAAUUUAGGAUGAGCCUCUUCAUUCCUAAUCCAGAGACCUCCAAGAGAUCCAGAGGAUUUAUCUAGGAAUAAAAGUCCAGAACCACCACAGAGUGAAUGGAAACUUCAAGAACCAAAAUUGAUCCAGAGUAAUUCAGGGAAAAACCAGGAGGGAACAGGCUUUCCAGAUUUGUGGAGAGAGCUGAGCAACCUGCAUCCUCAGAUACAUCUUAGGGUGCCUCUCCAGCUACUUACUACCUUCAGUCAGUAGUGAAUGAAGUCAAUGAAAAGCCUUCUUGCUCCUGAGAAGAGAGAUAUGCAGACAAUGUGAACAUUCCCUGAACUGGAACAUUUGUGACAAGAAUGUAACCAAGUUUCUACUAACAGCCCUUCUGGGAAUGAAUCAGAAGGAGAGAAAAGGGAAAGAUGGAGAAAUAAUCCAGAAUUUCAAUGCUUUUGAAUGUUUCUAUUGAUACUGACCUGUGAGAUGCUGCCCCUUCCCCUCCCCAGGUUAGGGGUUUUGAGAUCAUAGAUAUUUGUAUAAUUUAUUUAAUUUAAUCGCCAUUCUUCUUUUGUUCUUUUGGUAAUAAAUUUUCUAAAAAUGUGAACAAA